AUGUACAUGCAUACUGACACACAACGUAGUGAGGAAAUAGGCAGGCAGGCAGCGUGGAUGGCUGGGGCUGAGUACGAGGGAGAGCGCCUGCACAUUGACACGCAUCAGCCCCCAUGCAUUCAUUCACAGACAGCGACACAGAGUAAUGCAUGCACGUGA